AUGGACGGCAGCAGGAGGGAAAGUUCAACAAGCGGAGAAAUAUCUCCCACCGUCGCGGCGUCUCUGAGACGUGCUGCCAACCGAGAUCGAGACGAUGAUGGAGACGAAGAAGAUAUCCCUGAGAGUGAGAUGUCCACUAUCGAAGCGAGUUCAGAAGACCAAGAGCAACAGGAAGACGAUAAAGAAAACUGUGAGCCAAGUAGCCCGCUACCUCCGAACAGCUAUGCUACCCGAAGUUCAUAUGUACCCCAUGGAGAGCAAGAAGAGGGCUUCUCAGACAUUACCAUAACGCCGAUAACAGAUGCCUCAGUUUCCUCUAACAUUAGCGUCUACCAACGAGCCUAUUUCGAUUUCGAGAAUUUGCUCAACGAGACCUUGAAGAAAAAGCAAAAACUAGAACGAUUGAGACUCGUAUACUAUGGUGAGGAUGCAGAGGAGGCAAGUCAAUACCUGCGGCGACUCACGCCAGACGAGUUAAGAGAGAGAGCCCGUGAACGGCAUAGUGGGAUGUGGUUUGAGGAAUGGUUGGAUUUCUUUGACCAAAGACCGAUACAAAUACCAAGAAGAAGAACAAGUGAUACGAUUCCAAUGUCAAGAUCAACGCGGCAGGAAGAGGGAAAGGUAGCAGAAGAGGAAGCUAGGAUAAAGGUAGAGGUACAAGAGGAGGUGUUGGAGGGGAUAGCAGAGGAGGUAUUGGAGAGGAUGGCGGAGGAGGAAAGAGAGGAGGAUGUAUUAGAGGGAAUACCAGAGGAGGUACCAGAGACACCAGAGGAACAGGGGGAAGAGCGCCGUCCACCAACGGCAAAUACAUCCAGAAAAAGACGCAUAGACGGAAAUGCAUCCGAGAGACAUGCAGAAGCACCACCCGCAAAGAGACCCAGAACACGAAACCGGUGCAAUACCAGGGGAAGUCUGCAUGAGGAUGUCGAUGUGCCGGUGCGAAGAAGUGCGCGGAUUAGAAUGCAGGCACCAAGAAUGGCUAAUCGACGCGGUGAUGAACGUCGGAAGCAGGGGAAGCAGACAAAAAAGAAAGAACAGAUAAUGACAAGAUCCGAAAAGAAUCUGCGCAGAGGUAUGCGUAACAGGAAACCGCCUGACCGCUUUGUACCGCAGUUGUGGUAG